AUGGCGAUCUCGCCUCUAUGCCCUUUUUGCUCCAAUUAUGAAGAAUCAAGAGAUCAUCUGUUUCUAGGCUGCGAGUACAGCAAAGAAGUGUGGGGAGGGGUGUUCGCAAGAUGCCAUCCACCGUCACAUACGUUUACCAACUGGGCAGAGCUGUUAUCUUGGAUUAGAGGUGCGCCACCAAAGCUCAUUCUCCUUAGGAAACUGGCGACUCAAUCCACUGUCUAUCACUUAUGGAAGCAGAGAAAUAAUCUGAUCCAUAACCAGACAUCUGUCCCUGCUGCAACUGUCUUCCAUGCUAUUGACAAAGAGAUUCGCAACAUCAUCUCAACAAGGAGACACAGAAAGCACUUCGACAAACUCAUGAUUUUGUGGUUGAGAUAA